ACAACCUGAACAAUUUCCAGUUGAAGUUUAACUCCACCGCCAGUCAACACUUCUGUAACUGACUGCAGUAAAACUUUUAUGCGAUCAUCUACAAGUCAUCUAGUAUAUUUUAAGUGACAACCACCAAAAGAGCUCGACAUGAAAUGUGCCAUCGAGGGAAGUAAUGUGAAGGCAUUUGGAAAGGCGGUCCACGCCCUGUCUCGAAUAGGAGAGGACCUGUGGUUGGACCCUCUGGAGAAGGGGUUGGCGUUGCGGGCGGUGAACUCGGCCCACUCGGCGUACGCCUGCUUCCUGUUUUCGCCACUCUUCUUCCAGCUCUACUCCCUCCACCCUGGCACCCAGAGCCCCGGCACGCCCAUCAAAUGCAAACUAGCCAUGAAGUCUGUUCUGCCACUGUUCCGCUGCCUGGCCACCAUAGAACGCAACGUGGACCGAUGUGAGAUCUCCAUCAGUACUGAGGAGAGCCGGGUCAUAUGCCAGUUCUACUGCAGACACGGGAUUACUAAAACUCACAACCUGAGCUACCAGGAAUCUGAAGCUCUGCAAGCCGUCUUCCCCACCAACCUCUGCCCCAAUGUACUGAAGGCCCAGGCCAAACUGUUGGGGGACAUCGUGAGACACUUCCCCGCCUCUCAGGAGGAAAUCACCCUGGCCGUCUCCCCCGUCAGAGUCAUUCUGAAGAACUACUACGAGGAAGAGAGUGAUCGUGCGAAGGUCAUGUACACAGAGAUGAGCCUGCACCCAGAUGAGUUUGACUACUUCCAGGUCGGGGUAGACUCACACAUCACCUUCUGCCUGAAGGAGCUUAGGGGUCUGCUGUCAUUCGCAGAGUCACACAGUCUGCCUGUGCGUGUCCACUUUGGCUCUUCUGGAAAGCCGGUGUCCUUCAGCCUUGACGACAUGCCGUUGACAGCGACUGUGGUGUUGGCCACCCUGGAUGAGGACGCUAGUGCCCCCCCGUCACAAACUGCCCCCUCCCAGAUAGGCCCAGUACACAGGUGUGUGGGGGCCCCAUCUGUCCCCACCUCUCCCCGUGGGACCCUUGAGUGUGGGGGGGGCGAGAAGGAGCCGGAGGAGGAGAACCUGCACGUGGCCCCCCAGGGAGGUCCAGUCCCGGGGGAGGAACGUGUCUUAUCCAGCCAGGCGAGCCCCGUGUUCAGCCCCGCGCUCUACCUCAGGAAGCUUCUGGAACUCCCGAAACCGCCGCCCGCCGCCAUCGUCACCGCCCCAGGAGCAGCGCGUAGCAGCCACACCCAACAUGGAGGCCGAGGAGGCGUGUGCCUGGCACCUCCCCAUGGCACCUCCCCUGACGCAUGCACAGACUACGCUGAUAGAGCACAUGGAGACAGAGCCUGUUUGUGCCACGUCCAAGAUGGCCGCCAGCUCUAUGCCAGUCACCCCUCCUACUGCCAAGGUUCGCGCGCUCCUGUUUGGUGCCCUGUGCGAGCAGAACCCAGAUGCCAGUCCGUCGGCGUUACCCAGCCUGGCAUGUGCCAGCGACACUGAAGACGACACCGCAGAUGACAGAGGGCAAACACGAACAACAGAGGAGUGACACACACACAUACACACACACACCUCACACACACACACACCUCACAAAGGACAGGACACUGGGAAGCUUGUGUUAAGCUUCAACUGCAAGUUCAUGUUGGUUUGUCUUUUUAGUGGCUCACUCAAGCGCAGAUUUUGUAAUUCCUAAACGUGUGUUAAGUUAUUCCCUAAUUGCGUGUCAUUGUCAAUGUUCCUCUGCACAGUGCUUCCUCACGGUUUUGGGGGAACGCCUGUGUUUAUACCAGUGCAUUCACACACUCCUCUCAAGAGGCCCUGGGGUUGUCAGUCAAACUCAUACUGGGAGGAGCUGCAUAAAAACUACUUGUGUGUGUGUGUGUGUGUGUGUCUGUGCACGAAAGUAUAUUUUAAUGAACUGCUUUCUUGUGUUUUGUGUUCACUGUAGCGAGUCUCACAUUUCACUGAGGAAUGUGCUUAAACACACACACAUUUUCACUCACACAUCCAUACCUAAACACACACGCGGCAGACUCAGUGUGACUCAUCUCUGUCAAAACAGGACAGGGUGUGUGUUUUCCAGAAUGGACCACCCUACUCAUGCCUGCAUGCACGUGUGUGUGUGUGUGUGUGUGUCUCCCAAUCCUUCUCUCCCAUUUGUGAUCCAGUGGCAAUACCUGUGGGUGGUUACGGUUUGAGGACGUUAUUCUGCAGCAAGGCUUCACACUCAAACACACACCGUACUGCAAACACGUGUACGCGCCACAAACUUCACACUCAUACACACAAACACACACACAUUAUAUAUACACAUUUACAGGAGUGUUUAAAGACACAGCACAAGUGUUUAAUAAAUACUAAGAUCUUUAUUUAAAUAUACAGCAUCAAAAACAUAUGUACAGAAAUUGCAUUGACGAAUCUCACACAUACCUCUUCUCAUAUAGACAAACAGAUGCACGCAGACAUAAACACCAUUUUGUUUUGGGUGAUUAAAAGAUGAGGAAGAAAGUAGUUUGACUGCAAAGCUCCAACCUUUCCCCAUCAGAAGA